UUAAAAACAGGUUGAGCCAGAGAAGAGGCCAAAGAAAGUCUCACAGAUUCGAAUACGGAAAACCAUCCCUAAGCCAGAUCCUAAUCUCACCCCAAUGGGCCUGCCUCGACCCAAAAGGUUAAAAAAGAAAGAAUUCAGUUUAGAAGAAAUAUACACCAACAAGAACUACAAAUCUCCUCCUGCGAACAGGUGUUUAGAGACCAUCUUUGAGGAACCCAAGGAACGGAAUGGUACACUAAUCUCAGUCAGCCAACAGAAAAGGAAGCGAGUUUUAGAAUUUCAGGAUUUUACAGUCCCUCGAAAGAGGAAAGCUCGAGGUAAAGUCAAGCUGACAGGCAGCUUCACCAGGGCCCAGAAGGCGGCUCUGCAGGGUCAAGAGCUGGAUGCUCUUUUGAUACAGAAGCUGAUGGAACUGGAGACCUUCUUUGCCAAGGAAGAGGAAAAGGAGCAGUCAUCAGGCUGCUGAGAAACAGUCCUGUUGGAGAUCUCCAUUGGAGAAUUUUGUGCACCUCCCUGGAAGAGAUUCCUUAAUUUUGUCCUACUCCUAAACCACUCACGACGCCCAUUUGGUGAAUUUUUAUCCAUUUUGAGGUGCAGUCUUUUUAAAAGCUGGUGAAGGAGGGUCCUCUACUUCUACUGCUGAGUACAAGAACCUCAGGAAUGCUCCUGUUCUCCUGGAAAUGGUCCUCAGUGGUGUCUGGCCACCGCCUGCAAGGGUCUGCCAUCCAUGGGGAAAGAAGCUCAUGCAUCUUAAGCAACACUAGGAUUCCGAGGACUCACAGUAUUUGCACGUCCACAUGAAAGUUCCACUUCAUUUACGGUGGUGCUAGACCAAGAUUACUCAAAAGCCUGGCCUAGGGAGGGGGUCCCAGCCUCCUGUCCUGUGUGGUCUCACCUGCUCAUUUCAGUAAUCAAGAAGAGAUGAUGUUUUCUAAUCCUUCUGAGUCUGUCUGCCUGAGACCUGUGUGUGUGUGUAUGUGUGUGUGUGCUUUUUGCAUCUUUUUCUCCCUUCUGUGACUUUGGGUCACUAGUGCCAGAGGAGCCAAUCAGGCCCCACUCAAAGUAAGUUGCACUUUUUUAAUGUUGUGGUGUUGAUGAUUUUCAUGUAUUUUAUUUUUUAUUAUUUUUAUCCUUUUGUAUUUUUGCUGCAUGUCUGGGGCCUUUAAAUGUGAUUUUCAAACAGUUUUUAAGAAGAGAAAGACAACACAUGUCUUAAGAGAAUAAAUUAUUCGCAGGCAUUGGACCAGUUAUCUUCACACAGGGACAUUUUCUCAUUCAUGUGUUCCAAGCCGUCCCUCCUCAUCUCCAGGUUCUAGUGUAGCUCAUGAGGGUAGUGCUCUUUCCAUCGGUCUUCUCAAUCCUGUCUGCUUAUGAGUGUGACUUUUAUCUGCAGUGUUGGUGUAGAGCUAAGUUGGGCACCAUGGUUCCUGGCAAGAGCUGUCCCAGUGGCCUGCUCUAAGACUGAGAGAGAGUCAGGUCAUAGUUCAGAUGCUAAGACACAUGCUUACAAUGGGGUCCCCAAAUUUCUACCACCGACCCUGUUUUAAGGGCACCUAGUGUACCCUGGGUCUUGUGUCAGACCUACUAGAAAUGUCAACUGCCAGAAGUAACUGGCUUUCUGUGUGUGUGUGUGUGUGAGAGGAGUUAGUAGGCCUAAAGGUAGUCUUUCCCUGUGUGCCAGCCUCCCUCCCCCACCCCUCCUCUCCUGUGGUUUCUCCUUGUAUCUUUUUGUUGUGUGUGUGUGCGCGCGCGCACAUGUGUGCGUGUGUAUGUGUGUGCAUGUGUGUGUGCGUGUGUUUCUGUCUCUUUAAGGGUUUAAAGAACAUUCCCUAGCUAGCAAGUGAGAUGCUCAGGCACCCUUAAGACACUGGUUACCUCUUCUCAUCCUCCCCCGAACCACUGCCACAAAGCAGCCGCUGAUGGAAUUCAUGGAGAAGAGCAAGCAGUGCUGUCCGGAAGUGUUGGCUGACCACUCUCCUCGGAUUCUUGCAUUCCCCAUUUGUUGGUGGGAAGAUGGGGUGGGGGGUGAAGGGAUCUCUAUGUGCCUUUCCUUUGUAGGUUGUUUGUGCUACUCUGGAGUAGAAAAACUGACCUAAACAGGAAAAAUCUGUCUUCCAGGCCUGCCUUUUCUAUAACUGCGAUGUAAUGCCUGCUCAUCCUGGGCGCUGCUGUAGUCAUAGCCUGACUUGAUUACGAGAGGCACCGGCUUCCCAUACUGGCUCUGAACCAUGGGGACCACAUUCUCUUAUUCUAUACCUUGUCCAGACACUAUGGACACAUUCUGUGUGUGUCACCUCAACACUUCUCCCUUCCCGAACCGGUUUCCAGCCUCUCAUAUUGCUUCUCUGCCCUUUUGCUGCAGGAAGGGCAUGGGGUGGCACUCAUCAAUGAGCGGGGAGUCAGCUGAGGCAGGAGUUGAGGUGGGCUCAGCCAUAGGACCUCCACCAAGACAGAUCUUUCAUGUUGGGUCCUCAGUCAUGAUACUUGAAAGCGCCAGGAACAGUGAUCUAAACAUGGCCAACUUGGACCAGAGGACUAGAGGAAUGUAGGGCAAAGCUGCUCUGGGGCCAACCCCACCACUCUUUGAUUUUUGGUUGUAUUUUGUUUUAUUAGAGACAGGGUCUCAUUCUGUAACUUAGGCUGGCCUUGCUGGAACUUGGCUGUGUAACCCUAGGCAGGCCUGGAACUAUACUUGGCCUCCCAAGUACUGGGACUAUAAGCAUGAGCCACCUUCCCCAACCUGUCUGUAAUUCUUGGCUUGCUCUGUAGUGAGGGCUCUUCAGGGGAGCAAGGAGGAGCCCCCCUGUUAGAAACUUCAGUACUCACCUGAAGUUGAUCCUUUGAGCUUAGCCAAUAUCUGGUUUCACCGCUAUGAGCCAGGGUCAGGGUUAUCAGUAGAGCAUACAGCCUCUGGCCACAGCAGGAGACAUUAGUCAGCUGCUGGCCUAUUACCUGCCCAGAACAAUGGGAAAUCUGUUGGGAGCUGGUAGUUUCUCACUUACCCCAAGUAGUAGGAAGUUAGCAUUAAAUACAACUUACAGAAGUAUAACACCUCCAGAAAUGUAGUGUUUUCGUGCCAUGGGAAGAGAGGAGAAAUCUCAGGUCCAGUCAGGAUUGUGCCCAACUCCUUGUCCAUCUUUCCAUUUCUACCCAUACCAACUUCCUCCCCUCCCAUCUCUUUUUUUUUCUCUCUUAGCCUCCUUCCUAGCCUCAUUUCUGCAUUAGUUUGGACGUACCUCAUUGCCUGGUAAAGCAGAGAGGGAAGUGCCGUGGAAACACACGUAUGUAGCGUUUGCCUUACGUGGAGCCAAAAGAGCUCAGAAACUCAUGCUGUGAAUCCCCAAAUUCAGCGCUCCUCUUAAGAGCUGUGAAAAAAAUCAUGACAUUAUGUCACAGUUCUGCCUAAAAAGGGGUCUUUUGAUCAACUCCAGAUCCCACUUUGGACAUCCCUUCCCUGGGGACUCAUCCCCUGGCCACCAGGGUGAAGACAGGACAGCAGGUCCAGGGCCACAGUACAGCCGAGCAUCUCCAAGCUGGAGUUCCCUCUUGUCUGUACCAUGUACAUCACAAGAUCUGUGAAAGACCAACCUUUAGGCAGUGAUGCUUUUCUCCCUUACCUGGGGAGGGACGAGUGCAGUUGGUGCUUUCUUUCAUACCCUUGUUUAGUUUGAUUUCUGUAAGCUUCCCCUCUCCCCCAUCAUGGAAAGAACCAUUUAAAUAACCACAGUGUAGGUGGCUAUAUCCAAAGUAUAAAUAAUUGGCCAGAUGUGCAGAAUAUCAUUGUCUGCAUUCAUAUCAGUAGAAGGCUCUUUUCCUGAACUAAAUGAGUUACAUACCGCUGGCUAGGGAAGGAGACAAUGUGGCUAGAAUCACAGUUCAAUAUUAGCACCUUGUCCCACAGGGAACAGGUAAGACAAAGUGGGCUGUGCAUGGGUCUUUUGUCACCUGCCACCCAGCACAGCAUGCUCAAAUUUGGUGCUUGUCAGCUGUCAGCACAAGCCCUUCUCUGAUACUGGAUUGAACUUCAAUUCUCGGUGAGUGGCCUCUGUGUCUCCUUGAGCUGGGGUUUGGGCCAGUAAAUAGCUGCCUCAAGUGUCUAUAUUAUCAUGGUCAAUAGUUGAGUGAAAAUUUGUACAUUUUUGGUAACAUUGGCAUACAGGAUGUCUCUGCUGUUCCUUUUCUGUUUAGUAGUUUGUGACCCAAAUGCCCACUGUUAUGUGUAUUAAUUUAUGGAAAUAAAUUUUUUUGAACACCUUUCA